GGAAGUGGGCGGUUCGUCGGCGCCGUGCUCUGUUGUUUGGGGUUCGGGCUGCCGGGAGGGGCGUUCUCGGGAGGUUCGCCGGUGCAGGCCGCGCUGACAGGGCCGCGCCCCGCCGCUCGGCCGCCCUUGGCUCGGUGCGCUUGCGCUCUCCUCGUCCCGCAGGCCCAACAUGGCGCAGGACGUGGCCGAGUACCUGAGCCAGAACCCGCGAGUAGCCGCCUGGGCGGAGACGCUGCGCUGCGAGGGCGAGACGGACAAACACUGGCGCCACCGCCGGGAGUUCCUGCUCCGCAAUGCCGGAGACCUGGUCCCCUCGACGCCCGGGGAAGCCGCGGCCGACGCGGAGAGCGGAAGCCGCCGUCGGCAGCUCCAGCAGCUCGUCUCCUUCUCUAUGGCCUGGGCAAACCAUGUCUUCCUGGGGUGCCGGUACCCUCAAAAAGUUAUGGAUAAAAUUCUUAGUAUGGCUGAAGGCAUCAAAGUGACAGAUGCUCCAAUCCAUACCACACGAGAUGAACUGGUUGCCAAGGUGAAGAAAAGAGGGAUAUCGAGUAGCAAUGAAGGGAUAGAAGAGCCAUCCAAAAAACGAGUCAUAGAAGGAAAAAACAAUUCUUCCGUUGAGCGAGAUCAUGGAAAGAAAUCUGCUAAAACAGAUCGUUCGUCAGCUCAUCAGGAAAACAGUUCGGCAUCCACAGAGUCGUCCACCAAGUCAGAGAGUAGUGGGGCGUCAGCUAGGAGCAGCUCUGGUGUCUCUAAUCAGAAUAGCUCCACAAGUGAAGGAGAUAGAUCUGUAUGCAGCCAAAGCAGCAGCAAUUCCUCUCAGGUAACAACAGCAGGGGCUGGAAAAGCUUCUGACCCAGAAGCUGCAGAUAAACAUGGCUCAGCAUCAUUUGUUUCUUCGUUGUUGAAAUCCAGUAUGAAUAGUCAUGUGGGCCAGUCCACUGAUUCCAGACAGCAGAGCGGAUCACCUAAAAAGAGUGCUGUGGAAGGUUCUUCCGUCUCGGCUUCUCAGAGCAGCUCUGAGAUCGAGGUGCCCUUGUUGGGUUCCUCUGGAAGUUCAGAAGUAGAGUUGCCAUUACUGUCUAAUAAGUCUAGUUCAGAGACAGCCUCAAGUGGGUUAACAUCCAAAACUAAUUCAGAGGCAAGUGUUUCACCUACAGUUUCUAAAAACAGUUCCUCGUCAGGCACCUCUCUACUAAAUCCCAAGAGCAGUUCAACCAGUUCUUCACUGCUGACUUCCAAAAGCACUUCUCAGGUAGCUGCAUCACUGUUAGCUUCCAAGAGCAGCUCCCAGAGCAGUGGCUCUAUGGCUUCCAAAAGCACUUCCUUAGCAAGCGUGUCUCAGCUAGCUUCUAAGAGUAGCUCUCAGAGUAGCGCUUCACAGGUGCCUUCCAAAAGUGCCUCACAGUCCAGUGAGAGCUCAGUCAAAUUCUCUUGUCGGAAGUUAACCAAUGAAGAUGUAAAGCAGAAGCAGCCUUUCUUCAAUAGACUGUAUAAAACAGUGGCGUGGAAGUUGGUAGCUGUUGGUGGCUUUAGCCCCAGCGUGAAUCAUGGAGAGCUGCUAAAUGCAGCUAUUGAAGCUCUGAAAGCAACACUGGAUGUGUUUUUUGUCCCGUUGAAAGAACUGGCAGAUCUGCCUCAAAAUAAGAGCUCUCAAGAAAGUAUUGUUUGUGAGUUGAGGUGUAAGUCGGUGUAUUUGGGCACUGGCUGUGGAAAAAGCAAAGAAAAUGCAAAGGCAGUUGCAUCGAGAGAAGCACUGAAGUUAUUUCUCAAGAAGAAAGUGGUGGUAAAGAUAUGUAAAAGGAAGUACAGAGGCAGUGAGGUAGAAGAUCUAGUACUCCUUGAUGAAGAGUCGAGACCUGUAAACUUGCCGCCCGCAUUGAAACAUCCUCAAGAAUUACUGUAAUGUCUCCAAGUCACCACUGCAUCCAGUAGCUGGUGUUUGAAGAGAACUGGCUUUUAUAUGAUAUAAAACACUGGCUUUCACAGAUUUUGUAUUGCUUUUUUCCAGUUUUGCAGAAAAUUUAAAUUGUAGUUCUCUUCAGUAAAGUAGAAGUUGUAAAUAAUUUAUGAAUGGCAGUACAUAUUAAAGGGUGUACACUGACAGCAUACCAAUGUGCUGUUGUAUUUGCUGAAGAAAAUACCGUCUUCUAUUUUUAAUGAUAUAUUAGGUACGAUGUGUAGUUCUGUAGAACCUUAAA